GCUGCGCACAUCGAACGGCACCUGGUCUCCUCAGAAACUGAUUAGAUAUCAAUGCUCAAAUAAGUCGUUAAAUGUUAAUCAACCGUUGCCAGGUACGGGCUGUAUUGAGGUUGUCCUGAAGGAUACGGUAAUAUCCCGGAGAUUCGCCAAAGGUGCUCGACGUUCAGUUGAAAGUUCUCGCGCGUGAUAUUUCGUGAUCCAACUAGUAAAGCCGAGCUGUUAUGGUAGAACUCAAACGAUGUUCAUGAAGCAACAGUAGAAGAAGCUAGCAACACUGUAUUUAUGGCAUACUACAUUCGCGAUUCGGUUGUCGUACUGUCAUUCCGACCUUGUUUGUUUUGAACCACCACGGACCGCCCGUAGUAGGCAGGCAGCCAGGCAUAAUCAUCGAGCAGCCAGCAGCACACUGCAUGGAUGUGUAAUGCUUAAUUAAAGGCAUCAUAGGCGGACCGACUAACGAGCAAGAGCGAGAGAGAGUUUGUGAGAAAGUAUUGGAGUAAAUCGGAGCGAAUUUGACACUCGCAAGGAAGUUAGCAGGGGAGAACGGCAUACGCAUCAAAAGGAAUAACGCAAGGAUAUUUGUCCUAAGAAAAAAGGAAAAGAGCAUACAAAAGUUUCGCUGUGCAGAAACGGGGCUCAAGUGUUAUUUAGUGUUUAUAUAGGUUUAAAUCCGAAAAUCCUAGUGAGACAAUAGUUUUCGUUGGAUCCGGGAGUACUUCCAACGAUAUUCAAGAUGAAUAAGCUAGACUACGAUGUCGAUUGCUUAGAAAUAAGUGACGACCUGAUAAGCAUGGCCGAGGACAAUACAUUAGGUGACUUCUCACAUAUCGACGACGAGCUGCAGUUUGUGAAAAAUGACGGAAUGCUAGCACUAAGAUUAAUUCAAGUGGCAGAUAGUUUAGACUCACCCAACUUUAUCACCGGAUCACCAGCAAAUUCCUACCCAACGCUAAACAACUCCAGCAGCGAUCCCAAUCAAUGCUCAUUCUUUGUGAUCAAGAAAAAUAACGACAACGUGAAACAGAGCAGGCCCACCGUCAACAUCAGCCGGACGGGCCCGAGGCCGAUCGACUGCCCCUCGGAAUCGAACCUGAACCGAAAGCAACAACGAGAUGACCGGCGGCGGGCGAACCACAACGAAAUCGAGCGAAGGCGGCGGGACAAGAUCAACAACUGGAUCCACGAGCUGAACAAGAUCAUCCCCGCGGAGCACAUGAACAGCCCCUCGUCGGACCCCCAGCAGAACAAACAGAACGGUGGCCAGGGCGAUAACCUCUCGAAGGGUGGCAUCCUGGCGAAAGCCUGCGAAUACAUCACCCGGCUGAAGGACACCAGCGACAAACUAACCGAGUGCCUUGCCGAAAAGGAUCAGAUCCUGCUGGAGAACCUGCAGCUCAAGGAAAGCAUCAACCAACUGCUGACGGAGAACAAGCGACUACAGUCGGAACUGCAGUUUGCCCUGGCCACCAACGUCAAGAUAGAGUCGUAGCCAUCGUCGAAAAGUCAUUAUCAUGUUAUCAUAGUCUAAGUGAAACCUCUAGGUAUUUGAUGCCCGUUGAACGAGCGCGAACGAGACACGAGAGUGCAAGUGCGAAAAAGAGAGAAUUAUCUUUACGUAUAUACAUAGGUGAGUGUGCGAGUGGUGUGGUGUGUCCGGUGCAUAACAAGGAGGUCCAAACGCUGUGCGAUCAAGCUUCCGAAAUCCGCUCACACGCACACACUCUCAAGCAAACGCACACGAUCACACAAACGUGAGAGUUGAAUCGGAGAGAAUCAGUAAUUGUAAGUAUUCGUCAUAAUUAAUUAAUCAAUCAAUUUACCAUAUUAUAGUGUUAUUUGUUAUAUUAAUAUUAUUGCAUUGAGAAAAACAGUUCGAAAAUAACGAAAACAAAAAAAGAAGACACAUACAGAGAGAAACGAGACAAAGUGAGAAAAACAGACACAAGAACGGAGUUAUCGAAAUAGAGCAAAACUCUUCAAAACACAAAAAAAAACAAAUGUUUUGUUAAACCCGUAUAAUUCAGAGAAACUAGCAAAAGUAAACCUACCCACAGAACAUCAAUAAUCUAAUCGUCGUCGUCGUCUUCAACGACAAUAAACCACCAAUCAACCAAACCAAACCAACCAACCACGAUUAUUAAUGAUUCAGUUUUGUGUACGUAACGUAUAGGUUCCGCCAUAUUUCUACUUGGUUCUUGUGCACUGGCAGUGCUGUGGAUAAUUUUUGUUUUUUUAUCGUACACUACUGGAUAUUGUUUCGUCGCGAAAUUCCUGCCUAAGUUUAAUAUAGGUGCACACUGUUCUUAUUUUUGCAUAUAUAUAGAGAUGUGUAAAUAUUUGUUGUCCCGCAUAUCGUUCCGAACUUGUUGUGUUGAUUUAUUCAUUCGACUUGUUGAGUUUGGUGGGCAUAUAAUGGCUUCAGUGGAGGGUCCGAAACUUUUAAGUCCGAGGAAGGUUGAAGAGUUCUAGCGAAUGGUAUUGAAGUUUUCAAGGUGAUGAGUAGUUUCCAAAGUUGGUACAAAUCGAUGGUUGAGCGUCAUUGUGUUGUUUUAUUAAUUUGAUAUCCACUCAUUUUUGUCAUUCAAUUCUAUACCUGUUUGUGAUCAUUGAUCGUUAUCCUAAAUUUUUAACCUUUAAGAAAGUUUUGGAAAAGACUGAAUAUUUAAACAGCUUCAUUUUUCAUAACUGAGUCGACAACAAGGAGUUUGCAAGGACAAAGUUCGCCGCCUACUUCAUCGGACGCCAAGUUGCAUCAUGCUUUAAAUCAAAUCAUCGUGAAUUUGUUCGCUUGACAAAUAAUCUCAUUUUGUAGUUUGGUAUCUGGCCACGUCCUUACAAUUUUAUUUCCUUGGCAUAAUCAUAAAUCAAUCGCAUUGGUUGCUAUCGAGCACUAGCACGACCUUCCUACAGUUUUUUUCAUUUUCAAGUUCGGUAGCGCACACUACUGGCCGAAAACGGCUUUCUCGCGCUACCGUUGACGUCAUCUUCAAUCUCGUCGCCGUUAGGAUAUUUAAUAAACUUUUUGUUGAAAAAUUAGCCCAGUUCUCUGCUUCUGGAUGUCGUUGUCAUUGCCAUCCGCCUGCAGGCAUCGCAACAAAUCAGGCAGGGGUUUCCUUCCAAGCCUCUGCCUACCAGUAUAUUCAGCUUCAAUUAUCGUGAUGAUAACACAAAGCGCUCAUGCUUUAGGAGGAGUUUAAUCUUGAAGAGCCGCUAGAAGUUAGGCAGCAAUAAAAAAAUGUGAUGUGUGUACAAUAUCACUUAGACAGCGGAGCUCGUUUCGGUCGACGUGGCCACGGAUGAUGAUUUUUAUUUGGCUACGGUUUCAGAGCUGCUGCCUCGCAUUUGUCGCCGGAGCAGAGGUGUUAAUGCGAUCGCCAUUAUUUCGUACUGCGAAACGCCACCAAGUUCUGAGAGCUAGGUCGUGAUCGAUUUCUCCCUCAGGCUGCGAUUGAUGCUGUGUUUGUGGGUAAACAUAAAGCAAGCUCCCGCGUUCGCUUCUCAAUAUCGGAGAUCCAGUCACUUGCCUCAGACGACGUAGUCGCUUACGAUUAUUUUGAAACGGUGAUAAUUGAUUUAUCCUCAAGGUAUGUCUGGCGGGUGAUAGCAACACACGGUCGCCGUCGUCGCAAUUGCGAGUAUUGGACAUCGAUCGCGAUCGCGAUCACUUGGAAACACGUAUUGUUGUGAACAGAUUAUAAGUAUUACAAACACCGAGCCCCGGACCUUGUCCGAGGCUGAUCUGGAAUCGGUAGGAAAAUAUUUGUUUUGGUAUUUUCCGCACUUUGAUGUAUUUGAAUCUAGGGAUCUAAAAGUUUAAACCAUAUUUGCGCAAGCAUUCGUCCGGGGUGACCUCAGUCGUCACGUCGAGUGAGGUCUAAUUUACAAUCCUAACCAUGCCACUGUAAUUUAUAUUGCAGCGUGACUGCGUUUACCUAAAGCUAGCAGCGAUUUAAUGUGCUCGGAAGGUAUUCUUUUUCACCGCCGGUUUUUCCAUCGUGAAUCGUGCUGUGCUGAUAAGAAGCUUAUAACGGAUGUAGGGUAGAUAGAUCCAUUUCCACAUAAUGCAUUAAAAGUUCAGUUUAAAGUUUAAAAGUUCAUAUUUUCUUCUGGUCGUUGGAAACAAAAAUGGAACGCCAAAAACAAAGUACAGAGCACUUUGUUUGAAUAGUAAAUUAAAAUAAUUCGCAAUGUUGUUCACAACUUUAGUUUAAUCGAUACUAUGCAACUUUGCAACACCAUUUGUCAGGAACUACAAAUUACUUCAUUCACUUUUAAUAAUCCCAACACCUAUAAUUAAAAUCUUGGUGAUUUUGUAUACCAAUUACCGUAAUUCCUUCACCGGGCAAAACUACAAAAAUAACCAACUGCGCAAGUUUUCACACUCACGUGCAGUGCCGUCUUGCACAACGAGUAGGUAUUCAAACAUUCCCCCUUGUGUCGUCAUCAGGGUUUCACAUCAAAGUCUCCGAAGCAAUCUAACUGCGGGUAACCCCGAUACUAAGUUACAAGAAAGGUAGCACCAUACCAUAGCCUACUACGACGACGAUAUUGCCCACACGCUGCAGUAAUCAGCAAUUCAUACGUUCGUACGUACAUGCGCCAUAUUCCCCGCUUCUAGUCAAUUACCAAUAAAAACAUCAAUCGACCGGAUUAGAUCUCUAUGUAAUCAAUUGUUACAAUUUACAAGCAAUUAACGGUUAUGGCAGCUAUCUGCUCUAUGUAGAUCGGCAGACUGUCUGUAAUUCCGCGGAGUCCGUUGGCUUUCAUUCACUUCCAUUUUGUAGGGUCACUAUUUCCAAGAAGCAAUGUAAGGAAAAAAACGUGACUUUCAGUCAAUGAAGCGAUUAAGAUGCGCUCUACGAAAAAUUUACAAUUCGACCGCUAAUUAUCGGUAGGUAGGUAGGUAGGUACGAUACAUGUCAUCUAAUGCCGGUCGGUGCGGUACUUUACUGAUAGUGUCGGGGUAUUUGUCGGUAAACACACUCCAGCUGCCAACGAGUCGUCUUCGCAAUAAACCGCUUGCCCGCGUUUUACUUUUACCGGCCUACUAAGUCCCACGCUAGAGAUGCCGAUGGUUGCAGCAACGGAAACGUUUGCACAGUUUGACAUUUGAGUUGGUGGCAGUCUCAGCAGGCGACACCGAGGGGAAUAAUUGAUUUAUUUUAAAUUUAUUAAACCGAGGAUCGAGGAAAGCACGCUUGUUCUGGCCCGCUCAGUCUAAUGUGCGAUUGCGAUUCUGGUUUGGACGGUUAUGAAGAAUUUGAGGUUAGGAUGAUGAUUAUGGUUUAGUAUUUUCAUCACCAAUUAGCAAAAAAUGGUUUACGAAAGCAUUAAAUUUAAAUAAAUAUAAUGAGUGUUUUUAAACAAAUAAUCAUGAGCUAAUGUUAAAUAUGAAACAUAAUUGCGUUGGUAUUUUUUUUCUAUGAUUGUUGUCGGGUUUUCCUAAAUCAAUUUCUCUGAAACUUUUUGUUUUUACACAUGCAAACAAUUCAUGUAACUUUCGAGCAUAUUCCAGAAUUGCAUCCUGGUUAUACAUUCUUUGGACAUGAAACAUAGACUGGCAAAAAAACAGUAAAACGUACAACUAGAUGAUAAGAAUCCUUAGAACAGUUAUCAUUUUGUAUACCCGAGCAUUUUGGUAUGUCGUGACAUGAUUGUCAUGCAGUUGUGUUCAGUGACGAAAUCGUGUUAUCUUUUUUCUUAAAAUCAUUGACGUCAAACUGCUGCACUGAAGCAUUCUGAGGAUUGUUGACCUAUGGCAUGACAGUCGUCGAUUUCCUUGUUUUAUCUAGUAUGAGAUAAACAUUACCAGGUUGUUUGAUAACUAGUGCAGAGAUAUCUCUUGCAGAGGAGUUUUUUGAGGUGUAGGUACAUCUAAAACCAUUUUUACAAACCACAACCAUUUUACAAUUCCGUCGUACAUGAGAGCUUGCAAACCGAUACAAUUAAAACGCCAGAAUGACAGUUGCAGUUAACUCAUGGCCGGAACGAUGGAUGGUUAUUCGACGUUCACUGGCUUGGCACAACCGAAACGACCACGGCCAACACCGGAGGUAAACCCACAAUAAUUUAGGAUGGGUUUAAAAUCACCGGAGGUAAACCCACAAUAAUUUAGGAUGGGUUUGGAGUUCUGGACGAGAGUUUUUACCUGGAUGGCGUUUUCAGCUUCAUUGCUUUCACUGUCUCGCAAGGCUUCAAUUAACUUCUUUCUAAUUGAUAUGUAAUAAAAGCUG